AUGGUUUUGGUGGAGAGGGGAUUACCGAAUCAUGUCACAAACACAAAGAUUGACACUGCUAGCUUAAAAGGCAAGGAAGACUUGACUUCCCUGCUUUGGGGACCAGAACUUACACCAGAGACAAUAGGUGCCUCACGGCGUAUUGAACACCGAGAACCGUUACCAAAGAUCUCAAAUCUCGAUGCGACGACUAACCAUGACAGAACUCGUAUCAAGGGCUUGCAUGAGGGCUUGAUUAUUGGUAUCGAUUUUGGAACGACAUAUUCAGGUGUUUCAUGGGCGACACUGGCCGACUUCCAGCACGCGAGUAUCAAUGUCAUCACCAAAUGGCCUGGGAGCGACAGUGACCGGGCCAAAGUGCCCACUCGGCUGUUUUACGAGAACUCAGAAAUCCUAUGGGGAUUUCAGGUCACGAACGAUGUGGUACCAUUACAAUACUUCAAACUCCUUUUACUACGGGAGGGCGACAUAGAAGACAAAGUUGGAGAGUCAAUGGAGCUUAGUCAUACCAAGAGGACACUGCGCGAUAAUGGGAUCACGACCGAGGAUUGCAUUGCAGAUUACCUCCGCGCGAUUUGGAAACAUACCCUUGAGACCAUUCGCCAGGCACGGGCUAAGCGCGGCAUUGAGGCUCUAACAUUUCAUGUGGUCCUCACUGUGCCCGCCACGUGGAAAGAUUAUGCCCGAAAUGCUAUGAAAAGGGCUGCCAGCAAGGCGGGCAUCCUCGACUACCGCACGGCCGGUCAGACUUCGCUGGCCUUUGUCUCCGAGCCCGAGGCGGCCGGACUGGCAGCACUAGUUGAUCGCGGAGACUAUGUCGAAUCUGGGGACGUGUUUGUGGUUUGCGAUGCCGGAGGUGGAACCGUAGACGUUAUCACCUACAUAGUUGCAGACAAUCAGCCACUCCAAUUAGAAGAGGUAGUCGAGAGUGACGGCAGUUUGUGUGGCGGCAUCUCUAUCGAUGAAGCCUUCAUAUCACAAUGCAAGAAUCGCGUUGGCCGCAACUGGUCCCACUUCAGGCGGGCGGAUAUCAUGACUAUGCUAACAAAGGAAUGGGAGUACGGUAUCAAGCCACGGUAUACUGAAAGGAACGGCCCCGAUAACUAUCUAAGAGUUAUGUUACCUGACCUUAAGAUGGAUGUAUCCCGCAAGGCCCAUAUCAAGCCGGGGUAUAUCUACUUUACUGGGUCAGACAUUCGGAAGGCAUUUCACACCAAGGCCGUUCCAGGCCUCCUGAAGUUAGUCGACACCCAACUUAGCCAGGCUCACAACAAAGGACUCAAUGUGACGGGGAUCCUUCUUGCCGGAGGCCUUGGGUCCAGCCCCCAUACAUAUGAGUGCCUCGAGGCCAAAUAUUCCAAUCGCGGAAUCGAUAUUCAUCAGUCGGUUGCCGAUGGAGCGUAA